AUGAGAGAACGAAGAUCCUAUGAGCAAAACCAACAGUCCUCUUAUGGUGGUGGACAAAGUAUGGCGCAGAAUGGAAACGCAUCAUAUAUGAGUGGCGCAUCUAGAAGUGCAUCAGCACAUGGCGGCAGUGGAGCAGGCUAUGGGGCGAGUGCAGUAGACGGUUAUGGUGCAGGGGGAGGCGGAUACGGCAGUGGAGGCUAUGGAGGAGGCGGAGGCGGUGCUGGUUAUGGCGGAGGAUCAGAAGUUCGAGAGACCGCAGAAUACAAAUCAAGUUUUCAGGCAGGUUCUAAAGGAGGUGCAGGUUACGGAGCUGGAGGUUACGGUUCCGAUGCUAAUGCCGGAAGCGGGUAUGGUGCAGAAAGUAGCGGAUUUAGCUCUGAAAUGAAAGAGAGUAGUAACUUCAAAGGAGGCUAUGGAUCACAAUUCAAGGAGAGUGGUGGAUAUAAUAGUGGAGGCUAUGGUUAUGAUGGAAGCUCUUCUGGAUAUGGAGCUGGAUCCGGUUUUGCUGGAGGAAAUGGAAGUGCUGGCGGCGCGUUGGUCAACCGAGAUUUUGCUGGUCAAGGCAUCGCGGGACAAAAUGGAGGUGGCGGCGGCGGACAUCAGACGACAUACACAUGGUCUGCGACUUGGCAAGAAACGUAUGAAGGCGACGAUUUUGGGCCAUGUCAAACAAGCCUAAAUGAAUAA